UUAAUUCAUAUAUUAUAUUUAAAAAUAAAUAAAGAAACAUUUGAAAAUUGAAAUAGUUAAGAUUAUAUUGAAAUUAAUUUAAACCAGAGAUGGGCAAGCUCCGAUCGCUCCACCCGCUCCAGAGUACUUUUCGGUCGGAGCGCUAAUGUAUGUAACUGAAGCGGUGACAAACACAGGUUGGAAUUCGACUUUGCUCCGAGGGUUCUGGUCGGAGCGAUAGAUUUUCUGCACUAAAAUUUUUUCGCUCCGGUCAAAACCAUCGGAGCAAAGUCGAACUCCAGCCUGUGUUUGUUACCUCUCCGAGUGAUCUCAGUAGACCGCAACUUUUGCUUGUCACCGCUCCAGUUACAUACAUUAGUGCUCCGACCGAAAAGUGCUCUGAAGCGAUCGGAGCUUGUCCAUCUCUGAUUUAAAUCUAUCAAUCUUGUUGAGAUAUAUAUAGCUGUCAGCGUCCAAACUGAGAUUAUGUCCAAUCUCAGAUCCGAGAUUGGACGUGUCCAAUGUUGGAUUGACGCAAUUCUGUUCACUAAAAUAUCAAUAACUUUUUUGAUAGACGUUGGAUUCGAACUAUGUUUUGAAAUUAUGUUCGCACAAUGCCGUUUCAAGUUUUACAAGCAUUCAGGAAAAAGUUAAAAUUAGACUAAAAAAUUUAAUAAAAAAUUUUCACGAUAAAUAGUUAUUGAUAUUUUAGUGAAUAGAAUUACGUCAAUCCGACAUUUGCCUAGGCCAAUCUGAGAUUGGACGUAAUCUCAGUUUGAAAGCUGACAGCUAUAUAUAUAGAUUUUUUUUUAAUAUUUAAAUAUUUGACAAUCUUUAAGAAAUAUUUUCAAUAAAUAUUCGAAUCUAAUGUCCGUUUCAAAAUAUAAUGCGUCCCACUGUUUUUUGAAUAACUCAAGAACGCAAUCAGCUAGAGAUCUGCGGUUUUCACCAAUCGAAAGAAGAGACAGAGGGACGUCUUUUUCUUCAAUAUUGUAUCCGACAAAAUCAUUUUAGAAUCAGUCAUUUCUGCAAAACAUUGGAAAAAUGCAUGAAAACGAAGUGGCAUUCUGAAGAAAUUUUUGCUUUUGACAUGUGAUCUAGAUAGAGGGACUUCGGAUCUAUACUUCAGGAUAUAAUUCGAAUGAUUAUCUUACCGCAUCCUAACGUUUAGCAAAUAAAAUCGUCUAUUUACUCCCAAGAAAACUAUGAAUUUCUUUACUUUUUGUCAAAAUUUCAUCUGAAUGACAGACCAUUUUUUCGAUGUUAUGCAGAAAUGACUGGUUUCAAAAUGAUUCCGUCUGAUACGAUAUUGGAAAAAAAGACGCCCCCCUGUCUCUUCUUUCGAUUGGUGAAAAUCGCAGGUCUCUAGCUGAUUGCGUUCUUGAGUUAUUCAAAAAACAGUGGGACGCAAUCUAUUUUGAAACGGACAUUAGUAGAGAAAUUCAAUACGAAUGAUAGAUUCGAUCGAGGAUUUAUAUAUAUUAAGUUUUUUCAGCAGAGAAAAAACUUUUUUUUAAUUUAUUUUGUUUUAAAAAUCUCUACUUAUCCAAUUUCUUUGAUAAUACAAUCAUAGUUAAGUAUUUUGAAAAUAAUUUUAUUCAUUCGUUGUUUUUUUUCUUAUAUAAAUCCUAAACAAUAGGAUUAUUGGCUGAUUAGAAAAUUGAAGAUUAGGUAGAUAAGAAUAUAUUUUCAUUUUCUAUAUAUAUAUUUACUUAGAGAUGACCAAAGGUUCUAAUCCUUAUCAUCAGACAAGGUAAUCUAUUCAGGCACAUUGAAUGAAAUAUAGUAAAUUAUGUUUUCGUAAAACAAUACUACGUAUAUAAGAUUUUAACUCGUCAUAAACUCUACAAAAUCAUAUGUGAGAAAAAAUAUUUUACAAAUACUUUCGACUAAUAUCAAUAAGCACAAUGUUCAGUAACAUAUACCAUGCUUAGCUAUCGGUAUCGAAUAGUCGCCUAUCAAUAAAUUGACUUGAGUUCCUUUAAAGUUUUAUUAAAUUCUGGUUUACUAUAUCUCAUUCGCAAAGUAAAUAUGUUUGUAUAAAUUUUAUUGAGAUUAUGUUAAUUUAUUCUCUUAAAUAAAUAUAUAAAAAAAAUAAUACAACUAUUUAAAUGUUAGUGGUGAACAAGCUCGUCUACAACGAAUAGCUCGAUUAAUAAAUAAUUUACAUGAUAUAAAUUUUUAGGUAUUUGUAUUGGAUGUAGUAUAUUAUAUGGUAAAGAUCAAUCAUCAUCCCAACAAUCGAUUUCAAAUUCUUAUGCAGCUGCUUCAACUAUUCUUGAACUUAUGAUUAUUCAUCAUAAACAAUUAUUUACAAAUUCUUCUCAACAAGAACAAACGUCGAAAUCAUUUAAAUGUCAACCUGAUCUUAUUCCAACUGAAUUUCAUUCCAUAUUCAAAGUACACCAGGAUAUCCUCAACCGAACACAAUUAGAUCGUCCUGGAGCACCAUCACUUCUUAUAUCAACUUCACCAACAGUUCAACCACGACAAAAACUUUCCUUUCCAUUAUUAAAAACAAAUAAUGAACAAAAAUUUUCGACGACAAUUGAAGAUAAAACAAUUGAACAUGAAUCAACAACAGAUUUGUCAACAGAUUCAACAUCAACGACAAAUGAUGGUGUUAAUGUUGGAAAAUCAAAUAAUAAUCGAAUAUCUUCUUUUAGGAAUAGCACAUUACCUUCACCUGGGAUACAACUGAUUUCUAGUCUUUUAUCAUCCGGUGCUUAUUUUAUUAUUAUCAGUGACUUAUUUAAACUAAUUUCAUUAAUUAUUAUCUUUUCUUUUCAUUUUAUUUCGUUUUUUUUUUCUUCUAUUUGAUCGAUUCUCUUCUAUACAUAUAUAUAUAUAUAAAUCAAUACAUUUCUACUGUUUAUAAUCAAAUGAAACAAACGAUUCACAGCUUUUUUUUUUUAAUUUAAAUCAUCAGUAAUAAUUGUUCUUUUAAUGAUAAAAUUUGUCAUUAUUAUAAGAUAUGAUCAUCAUUGAACAUGUUUAGACUCAAUCAAUAAUUUAAAUAUUCUUCUUGUCGAAUUGAUUCUUUUUCAUAGAUCAAUAUUUUAAUUGAAUAUUUCACUUUUUAAACAUUUUUCAAGGGGUAAACAGCAGACUUGGAGUAGAAACGUACGUCAAAGUAACUUCUAGUUCAAAAGUCUGCCGUCUCUUUCUUGACAUUUGUAUUUAGAAUUUUUUCUUUUAAUUAUUUAUUUUUAUCAAUAUUUCAAGGUUAUUUUAAACAAGUUUAAUUUUUACUUUCGAAAAGAUUGUCUCUUACUUUUACAUAAAUUUAUUUUCUACUGUAAAACAUAUUUAAAAAUCAGUCUUAUUCUCACAGAAUCAACAUGUAUUAUGAUCGAAACUUGAAAAAAGAGAACGAGAAUCGAUACAUCUUCAAUAAUAUUCAGAAGAGAUGCAGGAAAACUUAUCGUAUCCUACUGGAAAGUACCACUACCUG